AUGGUUGAUAUUGCAGCACCUAAUCUGAAAGGCCUAUACAUUAGAUCCGAUAGUUGGGACCUGAAUUUAUUAAUCAACAUAAAUGCUUGUGUAGCCCUCAAACGUUUGAAACUCAGCAGUUUGGUUGUGACUGACCAAUGGUUAGAGAACCUUUUACCAAAUCUACUCAACCUUGAAAUCUUUGACUUGUAUCUUUGUUCAUCGUUGAGGACCGUGAAGAUCUCAAGUAACCGACUCAAGUAUCUUAUAUUAGUCUCGUGCAACAAUCUGAUUGAGGUUGAUCUGGACACACCUAACUUUUUAGGUUUCUCAUCUGACGUUCGUUAUGGAAAUGAUAUUGUUAAUCCCUUAGCCGCAUUCCAUCUGAAAGCUUCACCUCUGCUGGAAGUUAAGCUCAAAUUGAUUCCAGAAACCCCUGACACUAACUGGUACUCUGAGCUCACGAAGUCUCUCCCGAUAGUUAUACCCAAAGACGUGAGAGAUACCUUGCUUCCUCCACUUUAUGGCACUAAGCAUUUGCACAUACAAAUUGAGAGUCAUGUGAAACAUCCAGAUGUGGUGGGCAUUGUUGAUAGUUUGCUUCGGUUUUCUCCUCAAGUGGACACCCUAUCUUUUUGCGGGAAUGUAGAAUUAGAGAUGCUGAAGUUUACAUACAGAGAUGCAGCUGAUGAUGAAGAUGAAAAACCUUGUUGUGCAUCUCUGCCUUGGAAAUGUUGGAGGCAUGAGCUAAAGAAAGUUGAAUUGCAGCAAAACAUUGGUUUGAAGGAGCGACUGGAUUUGGAAAAAUACUUUCUCACCAACGCAGAUAUGUUGGAGAUAAUUGAUGAACAACGAGAAUGGAGGAAUCAUAGUGAUCCAGUUGUUUGGCAACUUGAACUCCCAUCUUGGUGGUGA